AUGUUUCGGGUGAUACGACCGAAUUAUGGCUGUGUUUCGUUUCUAAAUCAAUGCGAAAACGUUUCGAGACAACCAGUUCGAAAAUUUCUACCUUCUACUUAUGCAUCAGUUGGCCUGUGGGAUACUCGUUUGUCUCAUGAUAUCUUUAAAACUAUUAUACCGCCGCGUGACCAUGGUUUAAAAUUAAUCCACAAACUUAACUCCGGCCGAAGCGUUUCACCUCUUGAUUAUGACACAUUCGCAAAUAAAAUACAUGAACUCGAUGUAACUUUUUUGGAUUUCAUUGAGGGCAUUAUGAAAAGCUUUAUGAAUACUCAGUCCGCGAUAACUGUGAAGGAUUCAACAUCUCAUGCAUUUAUUCGAGCCUAUCUAGGCUUCCAAGAAGAAGAUAGGAUGUUAAAACUGGUCGAGAAAAGAUUUGAAACAGGAAUAUUUGUAGACUUUGUGUCUGCUGUCCUUAUGAUGAACUCUUUCUUGAAAAAGGGUAAAUGGAAUUCUGCUGUUGCUGUUGCUUGGGAACUGUGUCUUCAGGAAUAUUUCACUUUAGAAGAUUUCAAGCCUCUCGUGUUUGCAGCGUCACUUCUUUCGUGUCUGAAAUCGAUAGAAGCAGAUUCUUAUUUGGAAAGUCUCACUCCAGAAGUAGUUGAUGACAAAAAUGUAGAAUACAAAUUUGUGUCAUACGUUAGAAAUCCGAACUACGACAACUUUUUUGACAUAAAGCGGCCUAGAUUAAAGACAGGUUAUACACUUUUGCACUUAUCAAGUGCGUUAAACAAGCGUCGAUCCAUUUUUCAAGCCACUACCGUCUGGAACAACCUUUCAAAAUGUGUAGAUAAUUUAAGUCUUAUGACACGAGUAUUUGGACUUGCUCUUUCUGAACAGUGUCAUCAGUUGUCAGUUGAAUUAGAAGGAAUCAAAGGUCCAAUAAUUCAGUCCGCUGGAAUCAUUCCUGCUGUGGUUGAGAAGCUAAUGAAAAUAGUAGAUACCUGUGAGAGACGGCCUGAUGACCUACCGCUAAAACGGGGAGAACCACAACUACCUACAGUGUCAGAAGUUCAAUCAGUACAGAAUGAAUUGAGGCGCAUCGAGAGUGAAUCACAUGCAACUGUCUCAAACGUUUUUACAACGGCUGAAGAUUUUAUCUACAACGGUGUAUUAAAUAACUCAGAUUGUAUGAACCAGGAGACAGAAGCAGUUAAAAACUUAUAUGCUAAAUUCAAUGAAGAACGGGAAAAAGAGUAUACUGAAUGUACAAAACAGGAAACGCGAGAGGAGAUUAUGAAAAGUGCAAAAGAGAAGUUAAGAGAAAUUCUAGAUGAAGAGGAGCGUAUAACAUAUUUCACAAACCUAACGAAAAUUAAUCGGAGUGCAUGGUUGGCGCCUCGAACACGUCGAGAAUCUCAGUGGUCAAGAAUGAAAGAAUGGAGGCAGGAAGUUUCUUCUUUUAAACAACAGCAAGAGAAUAACGAACCUCAGUGAAUAUAACAGUCAUCCUUGUGUACUUUUGAUGUUACAAUAAAUCAG